UGUUUGUGAACGAACGAACAAACAAACAAACACAUAUAUACACUCACGAAGAAAUGGCAAACACGGAUUCAACAAUUUGGCCUAACGAACAACAACAACAACCUCAACAAACAGUGCCGUACCCUGAAGCAGUGCCAAACAGCGCUUGGCGUUCUUCAGGGUCUAUAGGGCCAUUUUUUGCUGUCAUCUCUGUGUUAACUAUUCUCGCGAUUCUUUCUUGUUUAGUGGGAAGGUAUUGUAGGAAUCGGAAGCCUGUGACACCGUUGGAUAGUGUUAAACAGAGAGAUUGUAGAUUUGGGUGGCUGAGGGGAAAAUUAUGCUGGCGCUGUACGAAUUGUGGUGAAACUAGUAAUAAUGAGGGUAAGGGACAAGAUGUUGUUUGAUGAAUUAACAAGGCCCUUUGAUCCUUGAGAACAGCAUUGAUUUGGAGUAAAAUUUUCUACUGUUAUAAUAUGGUUAUUUGUAAGUUGCUGUUCUGUUUUGAAAGCAAUUUAUUAAUAUUAUGAGUUGCUAGUUACUACUCUCGUGCAAUUUUUUUCCUUUGUGAAUGUUAUUUGUUAUUCACAAGUUAGAACGAAUGAUCAAUUAAUAAGAUUUUAAGAGUGACUA